CUCUAUGUCAUGCAGCGCGUGCUCCUCCCGGUUGAGGCAGUUGAGGCUCGUCAUUCUGGUUGAGUACGUCAUUUUGCCUUCACAUUGCGCGCAGCCACUUGACGGCCGUUUCUUAACGGCGACGCAGAGCAGUACAGAACUCUCAGUACAGCCAUGUUGUAAAGGUUCCUGCGCACCUUUGGCUUCCAGGAAUAUGGCGAUCGCUUCCUCUCUGCUAUCGGCGGCAUGAUAGUGGUGGUUUCGGAGGCCGAUAAGCGAAGCGCGGUACGACGUCAUACUCGCUGGGUGCCCGACUCUCGACUCGCCCGCUACGUGUGAAGACUCCCGAACGCCCAAGAUGACAUCACUGAAGGAGAGCCUGCUGUAUGCCUUGUGGCGGGUGUGCGGUCUUGUCACCUUCCACCGAGACAUGAUCAAUGCCAGGUAUCAAAACACGGAGCCAGCCGUUCUCAUUGUCACCACAGCCUUGGUCACUUAUGUGGGGCAGCGCGCACUGCGUCGGCUCGUUUAUGGGGAAGGAUUUGUGCCCAAUGUUCGGCGCGGUCUGCUGGCCAGCCUGCGGAACCUGCCUAUCGUUCGCGACUACGUUCACGAGCAGAUGGAUAAGAUUGCGGUGGACGUGGAGCGGUCGCUGAACAAGUGCUAUGCCCACUGCAACUUCAUCCUUGAGCUGCCCGACAAAGGAUGGACGCCGGAGACUAUACUUGAGCGGAUGGCAGAGAAUGACUCGCUCUCUCACGUCGAGUGGAAGAAGGGGGUGGUGUCUGGUGCCAUCUAUACAGAGCACGACCCGAAGUUAGAGGGCUUGAUGGUUUCAGUCUACGAGCGGCACCUUCGUUCGAACCCACUGCAUUCCGACGUGUUUGUUGGCGUGCGCAAGAUGGAAUCGGAAGUGAUACGCUGGUGCUGCAACCUCUUCCAUGGAGGGCCCGAUAGCUGUGGAUCGAUGACGUCUGGGGGCACCGAGAGCCUGAUUUUGGCCUGCAAGGCUCACAGAGACUAUGGCUACUUCGAAAAAGGCAUUGUUUACCCUGAGAUGGUUAUUCCUGCAACAGCGCAUGCUGGCUUUGACAAGGCAGGUGAAUAUCUGCGGAUCAAGGUCAUUCAUGUGCCAGUCGACGUGAAGACGAUGAAGGUUGACGUGCGGAAGAUGCGGGCUGCUAUCACUGGGAACACCAUCAUGCUCGUGGGAUCCUCUCCUCAGUUCCCGCAUGGUUCCAUCGAUCCCAUCCCGGAAAUUGCAGAGCUGGGGCUCAAGUAUGGAAUUCCUGUUCAUGUGGAUGCUUGCCUGGGAGGCUUCCUGGUGCCCUUCAUGGAUGAUGCUGGAUUCCCGCUGCCACCUUUCGACUUCCGUCUAGAGGGUGUCACCAGCAUAUCAGCAGACACACACAAGUAUGGUUACACUCCCAAGGGCUCAUCUAUGGUCAUGUACCGGAGCCAGAAGUACCACCACUACCAAUUCUCGGUAGCCACCGACUGGCCUGGUGGCGUCUAUGCAACGCCAACACUGUCUGGCAGUCGUGCAGGAUCAGUGGCGGCGUGCACUUGGGCUUCCCUGCUCUACUAUGGCCGAGAAGGUUACGUUGAGGCCACUCGCAAGAUCAUCACAACCACGCGCAAGAUUGUCGAUGAGCUGCGUACUGUGCCUGGCAUCCAGGUGCUCGGCUCACCCGAUGUGAGUGUGGUGGCCGUUGGCUCGGAGGAGUUUGACGUCUUCCAAUUGAUGGACAAGCUGACAAGUCGCGGUUGGAACCUGAACCCACUGCAGUACCCGUCGGGUUUCCACUUGUGUGUCACGUUGCUGCAUGUAGCUGAGAAUGUGGCGGACCGGUUCGUCGGUGACAUUCGCAAGUGCACAGCCGAGAUCAUGCAAUCACCUCGCUUGCCAAGCACUGGAAAGGCUGCAAUCUACGGCAUGGCUCAAAGCAUUCCUGAUCGCUCUGUGAUCGAAGAACUGGCACAUGCCUACAUUGAUGCCUGUUAUAGCACGCGUUACCUCCCUCCGAGUUAACUAUGUGUCAUGUUAGUUUUUAUCUGCAGUAGCUAGUGAGCAGCCCUUAUGAUCGCACUAGUGUAAAUAGGAGAUGCGCUUUCCCAUUACGUGUGACACUUGAGGCUGCAGGGCCUCUCCAAAGCGUUGUAGCUAUUGAUGUAAAUGUAGGACGUAAAAGAAUGCUUGCUUUUUUGCGCUCAGAAACAUUUUGCAUGCGUUAUGACCAAAUUGUACUUAACUUUUUGGGUAAUUUUUUGUGAAUGUAGAGUAUUUGAGCAUAAUG